CACCUGCGCAGCACCAUGCCGGCCGGCGGUGCUGCGCGCACCUGGGCGCUGCUUGCCCUCUGCCUGCUGGGCGGCCGGGCUCAAGACUUCGGGCCGACGCGCUUCAUCUGCACCUCGGUGCCGGUGGACGCAGACAUGUGCGCCGCGUCGGUGGCGGCCGGCGGCGCCGAUGAGCUCCGGACUAACGUGCUGCAGCUCCGCGAGACAGUGCUGCAGCAGAAGGAGACCAUCCUGAGCCAGAAGGAGACCAUCCGCGAGCUGACCACGAAGCUGGGCCGCUGCGAGAGCCAGAGCACGCUGGACGCUGGCGCCGGCGAAGCCCGGGCGGGCAGCGGCCGCAAGCAGCCCGGCUCCGGCAAGAACACCAUGGGCGACCUGUCCCGGACGCCGGCCGCCGAGACGCUCAGCCAACUCGGGCAAACUUUGCAGUCGCUCAAAACCCGCCUGGAGAACCUUGAGCAGUACAGCCGGCUCAAUUCCUCCAGCCAGACCAACAGCCUCAAGGAUCUGCUGCAGAGCAAGAUCGAUGACCUGGAGCGGCAGGUGCUGUCUCGGGUGAACAGCCUGGAGGAGGGCAAGGGGGGGCUCAAGAACGACACCGAGGAGAGGGUCAAGAUCGAGAGCGCCCUGACCUCCCUGCACCAGCGCAUCAGUGAGCUCGAGAAAGGUCAGAAGGAAAACCGACCUGGGGACAAGUUCCAGCUCACGUUCCCUCUGCGGACCAACUACAUGUACGCCAAGGUAAAGAAGAGCCUGCCAGAGAUGUACGCCUUCACCGUGUGCAUGUGGCUCAAGUCCAGCGCGGCACCCGGCGUGGGCACCCCCUUCUCCUACGCCGUGCCUGGCCAGGCCAAUGAGCUCGUGCUCAUUGAGUGGGGUAACAACCCCAUGGAGAUCCUCAUCAACGACAAGGUGGCCAAGCUGCCCUUUGUGAUCAAUGAUGGCAAGUGGCACCACAUCUGUGUCACCUGGACCACCCGGGAUGGGGUCUGGGAAGCCUACCAGGACGGCACCCAGGGCGGCAGUGGCGAGAACCUGGCACCCUAUCACCCCAUCAAGCCACAGGGCGUGCUGGUGCUGGGCCAGGAGCAGGACACUCUGGGCGGUGGGUUUGAUGCCACCCAAGCAUUUGUGGGCGAGCUGGCCCAUUUCAACAUCUGGGACCGAAAGCUGACCCCCGGCGAGGUGUACAACCUGGCCACCUGCAGCACCAAGGCCCUUUCUGGCAACGUCAUCGCCUGGGCCGAGUCCCACAUCGAGAUCUUUGGUGGAGCCACCAAGUGGACAUUCGAAGCUUGUCGCCAGAUCAACUGAGGACUCUGGGCCAGGGCUGAGCCCACCACUCGGGCCCCCAGCCCCAUGCCUGACUCCCCUGCUUGCGCCGCGAGGACCCAUCAUCUCUCCUCAUCUCCUGCUCCCCAGGAAAGAAUCAAGGCCAUCACCCCUGCACGUGCACACACGUGCACACGCACAUGUACACACAUGCACACACCUGGUUUGCUCUCCUCGCUCACACGGAGCAGUCCCAGCUGGCAUCUGACCUGGAAGGAAGCCCACCUCUCUCUAGGAUCACCAGACUGGGUCAUGGGUGUCCCCCAUUCCCAGCUGAAGCAGGUGGCAUCGGCAGUUAGAGCAAGGCGGAAGUAGGUGAGAUGGUGUGUGUGUGCUUGUGUGUCCAGCAGGGGAGGAGGCUUUUUCUUUUAGAAACGAGAUGUUUUCUUUCCUCCUUUCUGUGGCUUUGGGAAAUUGCACCAAUGGGCGGAUGUCUGUAUCUGCCAACUUUGCUAGCUGUCUGCGUGCCUCGGGACUGGCGCAGCUUCUCGAGUCACGCACAUUUGUCUUCGUUUGCAGACCUUUCUGAGGUCAGCAGAUCUCUAUAUUGAUAGAAUAAAUGUCUUUUAGCAGUCUGUUAAGGGCAGGCCUCCCCACGGAGAGUUCUCACUUUGCAUUGAAAGUGAACUCUUUGAGGGUCGGAGGCUGGAAGUGUCAUGUGAGUGGACGAGCCUGGUGAGGGGUGCAGGGGUGGCACUGGCCUCAGGAUUUGAAGGUAGCCCAGGGGCUGAGGGCUGCUGCAUGCCCCUCUCUGCCCACUCCAUCUCCAGACUGUGCCCUGCUCCCUCAGCCUCCUUCCUUGUACCCUGCAAGGUGAAAUCUGUCCUCCCUGUUAGCUGCUCUGCUGGCCCACCCAGCCCAGGUGCCCUGAGAGAAGAGCAUCCCCACAGAAGCCCCUGGCAGCCAUGGCCCCAGGGCCCCUUCCCCUCGGCCUCUGGCAGGGGGAGACCAGAGACUUCAGUGGGUCAGCUCUAGAGGGGACCUUUCAGACAGGGAGACCCACAUUCUGAUUUAAGACCCAGCCUCUUAGAGUCACUGGGACGUAAACCCAGCCAGCUGAUGGGAAGAGUCUCCCCACGGUAAUUCUGACAGCCAUAUUCCUCCUGGCACGCCCCGGCCCAGGUGAGCUAAUUCUGCACAUGCUCCCAGGGAGCAGGCUCUGGGACCUCCCUGGGGGGCCAGGCAUGGCCAGGGCUUGGUCCUAUGCACACUCCGCCAUCUCACAGGGCUCCUGUCCCUUACUGGCUGGUGAUACUGGGACCUGGCCAGUGUCCCGAACCUCUAGCUCCCCCCACAUCCCCCAUGAGAAGCAGCCAUGCACAUUUCCUUUCUAGUUCUUCUGAGGAGCGGACAGAAAUGUGUGUGCAUUUAUGUGUGCUUGUGUGUUGAGAGGUGAGAACCUCCCUCAGAAGGAUCAUGCCCAGGGCAGUGUGAGCUCCUGGCUUUGCUCUAUCACCCAGGAGUCACAUCCCCUGUGGGCACCCUGGACUCUGCCACCAAGAGUCUAAUUAGCAAAUGGCUGGCAAGCUGUUGUAGAAAUUCUGCGAUGCUGCUUGGCUCACCUGCAGCUGUAGACAUUUCUCCAUGGAAGCAGGUGUUCCUGUCUUCUUUUCCCUCGCGGGGGCACCUGUCUCCCUAAACACAGGUCCAUUUUGUCUCGGAAACCCAGUGCAUCUGUGUGUGUCUGUGUUGGUGUCUCGUGGUGUCUGCACGGUACCCAGUCACUGUUCUGUGGUGCGUGGUUCUCCUUCCGAGGGGCCAGAGCAGGCACGGCCCCACGUUGUUAAACAGUGGCUUCUUCUUAGGUAAUCAUGCUUUGCCUGCUGGGCCGUGGCCUCCUCGGAUCUGCAGGGGUCUUCUCUGUUUGCAUGUUCCUUGGGGUGGUGUAUUCCUUGCUCCUCUGGUCCGACGUGUGUCCCUUUGCCUGCAUGGACUUUCACAGAUCUGUGUUGUGUGCCGAGUGCCAUCCGUGUUCUGUGACCACCAGUGUAGCUAUCAACAAUGGCUGGGUAAUCAAGCCAAGGGUGACAGAGGAGGGCAAGAGGUGGACCAGUUCAUCUCUCCCCCUCCUUGCACCCCAAACAUGCCCGGUAUUUUUAACGUGUAGGUUGAGAACAAGCCUGAAUACUUUCUGCAGUAGAGAGAGAGCUUGGAAUCACCCCCUAGACCAGAAGGGUCCCACCCCUCACUCUAGCCAUCUUGGAGCUGAUGUGUAGGCAAGGAUAGGUGCUCUCCCUCUGGCACCUCCCAGCAGCCCCACCCCUGCCCUGUCUACUGGACCCCCAGGCCGCCUCCUGCCCCGAUGAGCACGGUGGGAGCUGUCCAUUCAGGACCACAAGCCAUCCUCUGCCCUAAGAGAGAAGGGCAGAGCCAACCCCAAUGCUUAUGCCUCUGUCCUUCAGCCUCCUGACCCUGUCGCCUUCCUUGCCCCUCCUCUGAUGCACCCAUGGCGCCAGGGACAGAAGCUGAUGUUUAGCCCCUUCCCCACUCCUAACUGGAGUCUGUGCCAAGCCCCUCAGCCCCCUCACUGUGUUAGCACUUGGCACUUGGCUAGCCCCGAGAAAGGUAUGAAACAGCCGCAAAUCUAAUCCACGUAGUCCCCAUCUCCUCCUCAAUCCGGUUGAUGUUUCCUCUUGCACUGAAUAACACAUGCCUCUCUCAGGUAAUGCCAUUUUAUAAAAUAAGAAGAUAAAAAAGCACUGUUAAGGCAGUGUUUGUUUUUGCCUAGCUGGUGUCCGACAGCUCCCGGGCAUCUGAGUUUGGAGAGCCACUUACAGAGGCUUUCCGGGCCCUUGGGAGCUUAGAUCCCACUUGAAUCUUAAGCCUUCUUGCUUUUGAUAAUAUGGUAUUAUUUCUCUUACUGUAGAAGAAAAAGUUUAUUACCAAACAAGAGUAUUUUUAUGAAAGAAAAGGACAAACCUAUAAAUUA